CGUUUCUGAAAGUUCCAUUCCUUCCUUUGGCGCCUCUCAUGCAAAACCGGAACCCACGGUUUCUAGUGCGUGUUUUCUCGAGCUGAGAACGGAGCGCAGCCAACCAAACGGCGGAUGCUCUGUUUUUGAGCCAGCGACAGAAAUGGCAUCGUGUUUCGUCGCCACUAAACCCAAAGCUGCCCUGCUAAAUGAGACAUAAUCAGCUGUGCGCAUCCGUGCAAUAGCCUUGCUUCCUCAGAGAAACGAAGAUAUUUCCGUUUUCUAUCCCCCCCCCUUCCCCCCUUCCCCCCUCCCCCCGCAGCUCCCUUUGCCCUCCAGUGCUGCAGAUCAAAGUCUGCUGGCCUCUAGGUCUGCUGGUCUCUCGGUCUUGUGGUAUCUAUUCGGCUAGAAAUGUGUGAUCAGUAUUUAGCUUUUAGAGAUUUUAGUUGAUAUGAACCCAGACCGGACUCAUUAAGCUUUUCUUCUCCCACCUCGACCCCUCGGGCUUGUGGUGUCGGAACAGUUUUACGCGUUUCACCGUUUUCUUCUGCGCGUCUGCAAGGAGUCUUUGUAGUGAAGCCAGACUUCUGCGAUGAACAGGAAGCAGCCAGGUGCGUAAACUGGCUCCCUGAGAGCAUCUGUUUGGUCUUCGGUUGCGGCCGAGAUCCCCUCCAGAAGCCGGGCACUCAUGCCACGCAAGAAUGGCAUGAAAAAAAACAAAUCGCGGUGACUGUCGUGAGAGCGCGCUCCCAGCCUCAUUUUCGCCUCGAACAACGCAGAAGCUUUCUCAGACAGCAGGCGCCAAAACAGUCUUAUUGCAGAAGCUGGCGCCCGUCACUUCGCGGAGGUAUGGAACGCAGACACAGCGAGGCGCCGUCCCCGUCGAACCUCUUCCACGAAGACGAGGACAUUUCUGAGCACCUGGAAAUGGUGGCACUGCGUCCGAAUUCCCGUUUUCAAGUCACCAGAAAGUCCACCGCCGAAUGUGACUCCUCCGAAAGACACUGUGGGGAAGAGGAGUGCAUUCUGUGGCAAACGAGGAAAUCCAGAUCGACAGUCCGAACGAUCCGAGAUGCCUGUUGGCGUCGCAGCAGCCGCGUCGCUGACACCCCUGACCGAAUGUGCAGGGGAGUUCGUGGUCGCGACUCAAUGUCCCCUUCUGCCAACUGCCAAGAUCGGAGCUUUUUUCUCCACAACGCGAAAGCAUCUGCCGCUCGCGAUAGCGAGGGCCGGGCGUCGCCGAGACACAGAAGCCCUUCGCUAGUGGCUUCCGUCCCUCUUCGCAGGUGUUGUGCCGUUUCUUGUUUUCUCCCCUUCGUAGCGUUUCUCAGUGUGGCACUUCUGCUGCUUUGUCGCAGUGCCACGAAGGGUGUGAACGUCUUCAAUCUGAAGUCCGCGUUGUGGGGGAACUCUUACGGCUUUUUCAUUUCGGACUCGGUCGCCGCGGAUACCUCGUCUUCUGCGGAGAUCGCGCAGUCCUCGUUUUUCGCGGGUGUCGCGUCGGUCCUCGAUGGACUCUUCCCCAGCGAUGACAGAGACCCGCUGCUUCUUCGGGGUUCACCUCCCUCGCCGAGGAACGACCGAGACCGUGUCUCAAGCCGCGCCGCCGUGGCUGCCGCCUUUCGUACGCCAGGCGGAACGGCCUCCUUCUGCUCGAGCUCUGCGCUGGUGCCUGCUAGUGAUAAGUGGCACUCCCAAGUUUUAGACGAGACUGAGACGGGGACCGCAGGAAAAACGGGAGAUCUUCCGCGGACCUCUUGUUUGCCUUCCUUCGAGGCCGCUGUCAUGCUCUACGAUUGGCGACUGCAGGACUCGUGGGCAACACGCCGCUGGAGGUACCACGCGCCUGAAUACGUCCGGAAGCUCUUGACGCUUUUCUUCCCCAUCGACCGCCGCCUCCACCAGCUGUACAGACAGGAGAUGGCUGCAGUCCUCGCGCUGGUUGGCCCGUACGUCGAGAUCGAGCCUCCAGUUCCCAUCAAUCCACACUGCCAGCCGCCAGAGUCCUACACCGUUCUUCCCCGGGAGCAGGAAGAGGGUGGCAGGAAGCGAGAGGCGACAGAAGCGCGCGGAAAUCAGACGGACACCAAGAGGACAGACACAGCGGUUUCGGCGGGGGCUUCUUUGUUGGAUGCGCAACCGGGGGAUCCAGGAGAACAGGCGAAGCCACAAUUGGAGGCCCGUGCAUCUCAUGUGACCAUCACGGAGUUCUGCGAAGAAGCACGGAAAGUCCACAGAGGAGCCUUCACGGGCCAGGGACGAAAGAAACCGGUGAAAAUCGUGGACGCCGUCAUUCUUGGGUACGACUUGGACAUGUUGGAGGUUCGUUUUUACGAGUAUGAGCAUACAGUCGACUACUUUGUGGUUUUGGAGUCGCGUCAUCACACGACCGGUCUCUUCGAGAAGCCGCUUCUUUUUCAACAAAACCGCCACCGGUUUGCUCGCUUUCUGCACAAAAUCAUAUACUUUGAGAUUCCCGUCGACCUCAGCCUUCAUCUGGCACAGCGCUGCAGUCCCAGAUUCCUAAACGAUUUUGACAAUUGCUGGAAUUUUGAGUUCACCAGUCGGAGCAUUUUGUUUUGGAUGUUGGCGCGAUUCAACGAGGCAGUCGACGCAGCCGGAAACACUCACCUUUCAGCUCCGAUCAUUGGUGACGACGACCUCAUCAUGACGGGUGACCCCGACGAGAUUGUUCGAGGCGACCGACUGCGACAUUUAAAGAUGUGUGAACCUGUGGAGCAGCCAACCCUUGGGUGGGCAAUGGUCCAUUACCCUGGCCACCUGGGAGGCAUGGCACGAAAAGAUUUCGGCGCUCAAGCAGGCCUCUCGACAGACGUCGCGGAUGCAGUUGGACCUCUAAUGGACACCUUUAUGUACAAAAAAGUCCGGUAUCUGCAUCGGGUUGAAGAUCCACGACGCCUUCACCAUGUUUUCCAAAGACACGCGCCGUCGCAACUGACCCCGCCCCUGUAUCUCUACGGCGGGUGGCACAUGAGCGACUUGUCUUACCUUCCUUUUCUGAUGAGCAAAAUCCCAGUUGAUGACAACAAACCCGGCUACGAGCCCUGGUCGGUGUACAGAUACCUCGUGAAUGGAGACUUGGAUCUCGCUCAACGGAGCAUUUGGGAGGAGUUCCGAGACUACCGCCAGGUUGGGGCCUCUGUCAUUUCAGCAGACAAGGUUCCAGACGCGUACAAAGAUCUAGGCUUCGGCGACAUGCCCUGGGUUAUAAAAUGCAACCCAAUGAGGUACCCGACGUGGUUUCGCCUCCCCGACAAGAGGUACUUUAUGCGUCCCAACAAGUCGUUUUAUCGAGGCGCUGAGCCCGUCAUCGUUCGCAAUGUUCAGGAAUGGGAACACACCCUGCAAGACAUUCGAAACUUCUACAAAAUUCCGGGGCACUGAAUGCGACCCUCUGCAGCGUCGACUGAGAUUUCCAAAGGCGAAACAAAAGGGCGAGAGAAAACUGUGACAUGCGUCCAGCCUGUGUGCAGGUGUUGGGUUUCACGUGCACAGACAUUUACCCUGGCAGUCAAUGCAGUUAUGACGGUCGCGUGGUUCCGUUUUGGAGCCGUUGAACGAGGUAUACUUUUCCACGGAGGAUCGUUCAGCUUCUCUCCGUAUACAUAUUGUAUACAUGUCUAUAUAUGAAGAUACACUCCCUUUCUAUGUAUCUCUCUGAACAUGCAUGCUUCUGUCCAUAUGGAAGUGCAACGGAAGUCGGCAUCCACGACAAUUGCUCCGACUCCAGAUGUGGGCUUGAAUCGCCCGGCCUAUGCGAUUCAACGAAGGCUCUUCACGACACGAGAAGUAUCACGGUUCACAAACGAGAAGCUCUCGCGUAGUACCAACGAAGUAAAUAUUCGACAAAUCCAAGGAUCCUCUUGAUUCCACGCACACCAAGUCCUCCAGUCAACCCGUCCCUACGUUCACCUUUCCUUCUCUUUUCCUGCGAAG